AUGGUCAUCUCGUUUAUCGACGGUUGUAGAGGGGAGAAAGGGUCCGGCCAUAAGAACUUAUCCACGUUUGUAAAUCUCGACAGUUACUCUACCUCGAUCCAACAACAGCACUCCGUUACACAUCAGUCCAGCAUGAACGUCCAGUACAACUCGGCUCUACGCCAGAGCAAGGCUAUCCGCAACAACCUCGAAAAGCUUUCCACCUCAGCUGCGCAACCAGCUGCCCUGACCCCAGCCGAAAUUGGAAACGUGUCCGCCUCCCUCGCCUCCUUCUCCAAGACCGUCGAUGAAUACAAUCAACUAGCCCGCCAGGAGCUCGUACCUAAGAAACAAGAAGAAGCCUACGAGCGGGUGAAACGGUUCCGCGAUGACCUCUCCGACUUCAGAUCACAGGUCGACUCCCUCAAGAAGGCUCGCGAAGAAGCCGCCCUCAGCAACAAUCGAGGCGAACUGCUAGGCCGUCGGGCCUAUGUUACUGCUACUCCCGAGAACCCCUACGCCAAUGUCAAUAAGUCAUCACAGUUCCACAGCCGAGGAGCAUCGACGGGCCAGGCGGGCAGCGGUGGGUUGAGCAUGGGCGGGAACGAUGUCACAAGGGAACAACACGCUCUACGAGAGCAGAACUUUUUCGCUAGCACCAACUCGGCCUUGGACGAAUACAUUGCUCGAGGGCAAGCAGUACUGGGCGAUCUGGGGACGCAGCGUGAGAUGCUGAAGAACACCCAGAAGAGACUCUACUCCGUCGGCAACACGCUGGGCAUCUCCGGCGACACCAUUCGCAUGAUUGAGCGCCGCGCCAAGGAAGACAAGUGGAUCUUCUGGGCCGGUGUCAUCAUCUUCUUCCUCUUCUGCUGGGCGUGCAUACACUUUUUACGGUAG